UCAUAUCUUCAACUCGGAUACAGUCCAGGUACUGUUUCUUCUGAUAUUCAAUUUUAUGUCUAAUAGAUCGUACCGUGCAGGAAAGAGCAAUAUGGGGUCGUUCAUAUGGGAUAGAAUCAACAAAAAAUGGAAGAUUUACACAAAUUUUGAAGAAAACUUGGCCGUCCUACAAAAAACAUCAAGGAAUCUAGUGACCCAAUUAGAAGAACUCGAUCGAAGUUCGAGUUGGGAAGGAAGCGACGAAUGGGAGGAGAAAGUAGAGGCAUUGAUAGACCAAGUAGAACACAUCGAAAGAUCAAUCCAAAAAUGGAACCUUUUCAGUACAGUUCCUGUUUAUCUCUAUGGAAGGCAUGUUGUAAACAAGAUGAACGAGGCAAAACAGCUACUUGAAGAAGGUAAUUACUACCUCCCCAAGUUCUUCAAGUACUUGAUUCUUGGAGGAGGAGUGGCAGCAGGAUAUGCCGCAAGGGAGUUCGUUAAACAAGGCGUGAAGCCGGGGCAGCUCGUCAUCGUUUCGGAGGAGUCGGUAGCGCCAUACGAACGUCCCGCGCUCAGCAAGGGAUAUCUAUUUCCGACGAAUGCGGCGAGGCUGCCGGAGUUUCAUGUUUGUGUUGGGAGUGGAGGGGAGAGAUUGGAUCCUAAUUGGUAUGAGGAGAAAGGGAUAGAAUUGAUACUCAACACAAAGAUUGUGGAAGCAACGCUUAAUUCCAAAGCUUUGAGAAGUGAAAAUGGUAGAAUUUUAAAGUUUGGAGCUUUGAUCAUUGCAACAGGAUCAAGGGUUAAAAAAUUGAGUGAUUUUGGUGUAAAAGGAGAUGAUCAAGCCAAGAAUGUUUUGUAUUUGAGAGAUGUUAAAGAUGCUGAUAAAAUUAUUGAAGAAAUUAGAGUUAAAAAAAAUGGGAAAGUUGUAGUUGUUGGAGGUGGAUACAUUGGACUUGAAGUUGGCGCAGCUUUAAAACUCAACAAUUUGAGUGUCACAAUGGUGUAUAAUGAUCCAUGGCUCAUGUCCCGACUAUUUACGAAAGAGAUCGCCGAAUUCUACGAGCAAUACUACACGUCAAGAGGGAUUAAUCUCAUAAACGAGACGUCUGUGAUCGAGCUCGAAGCCGAUUCGAGCGGUGAGGUAAAGAAGGUGAAGCUAAAAAAUGGGAGGGAGUUAGAAGCUGACUUUGUUGUAGUUGGGGUUGGUGCAAGACCUUGUACAAGGUUGUUCCAAGGACAGAUUGAGAUGAGUAGAGGAGGGAUUAAGACGGAUGGGUUGUUUAAAACGAGUAUCGACGACGUGUAUGCGAUCGGGGACGUGGCUUGGUUUCCGAUGAAGAUUUAUAAUGAGAUGAGGAGAGUUGAACAUGUUGAUCAUGCAAGAAAAUCAGCUAUGAAAGUUGUGGAGGGUAUCAUGGCAAAGGGGGAGGUUGUUGAAGAAUAUGAUUAUGUACCCUAUUUUUACUCGCGUGUUUUUGAUCUGUCGUGGCGGUUUUACGGAGACAACGUCGGAGAUGCCACCGUGGUGUUUGGAAAUAGAAAUCCGAGAGCGAAGAAGCCGAAGUUUGGGUGUUAUUGGAUCAAAGAUGGGAGAAUAAUGGGAGGUUUCUUAGAGGGAGGGAGUGAUGAAGAAAACAAGGCCAUUGAGAAUUUGGUAUGGCAUCAGCAUAUGGUUGAGGAUUUACAAGAAUUGAAAGACAAAGGUGUUUCUUUUGCUUUCGAACUUCAGGAUUUCGAGAAAACAUAUGUUGUCUAAACUAUAGACAUCUCUCAUGCAAGAUCAUAACUGCAAGCCUGCACUUGUAUUUGCAAAUAUUUGCUAUUGAUUUUAUAUGAUAAAUGGAGACCGACGAGUGCAUAAACAAACGGAGACCAUAUAUGAA